ACGUUACAUUGCUUAGCCAAUCAGUGCUGCGGAGGAGCACGUACCCCCCCUCCGCUCAACAGUUUCCAGCAGUGCAGGCGAUAUUUUACUUAUUAGAAGGGUUCAGUGAAUGCGCAUAUGAAACUGGUGGGUUUGGUACGUCAAAAAAGGUUAAAACCCACUGUUUUAGACUGGUCAUUGUUAGAAUAACCAGUCAGUCAUGUCUAAUCAGCGGACGCACUCACGGCUGCGUGCACCCGCUGAUUCUUUACAGCAGACAGCCGCUCCAUUUUCUUGAGGGUACUGCGUACCCCCGCUAAAUCUUUUGGGGGUACGCAGUACCCCUCCGUACCCCCUUACUUUCACCCCUGAACAUAACUAUGGCGUAAUAUUCAUCCUGUAAUCUGUAGAUAAUUUUAUUGGUGCAAACUACUGUAAAUAAAGUGGAUGUCUGCACAUUUCUUUAAGUUUUCUCAUCUAUGAUGCUGUCAGGCUUUUCACACCACUUUAAACAUACAACCACAAAUCUUUUAUUUUAGGGGUUAUGUGAUAAAUGAACAUAAAGUAUAAGAAAAAGGACUCAUAGCCUUUUUACAUGGAAAGAACUGAAAAGUGUGGCAUGCAUAUAUUGGAACUUGCAACUGUAAGACUCUUUGUUUAUGUUGCAUUUCUUUUCUGACAGAUUUUUUAUGUUUUCAUUCCUCUUUAGAAAAACAGCUCAAGCCAAGCUGAAUUGAGAGGAGAUAACUGCAAGCCAAAAUGUUCAAGUCUUUCCCCAGGCGCAAAGCUAGAUUUAGGUCUGGACUUUGACUGGACAGUUAAAGCAUGUCAUGAACUUUCUUUGAUCAAAUCUGUUUUAUUGUAGCUCUUAUAUAUUUGCUUUCACAGGUAUUCUUUUAUUCUUAUUUUAGUCACUGAAAAGAACUGAAACUUUUUAAUGACUUAAAUAGAACAUGUGUUUUUCUUCUCGAGAGAAAGACCUUCCCCUUUUUCAUGAAUACAGGCAGUCCAAUAUUUCGCAGCUCAUUGUUGUAACAGAUCACUUCCACUGAAGUAAUACGGCUUCAGGAGAUAAAACGGUCUUCAUUAAGAGUUUAUUAAGACCUUUGUGGUGCAUUAGAUCUACAUGUUGAAUCUCUACGUUUUAAACUGGAAUUAUUUUUUGGAGAUCUAAUUUUACUUUUUUUUUUUUUUUUACUACUUUCAAACAGUUUUACCAAGACAGGAAAAUGGCUUUGACCUUUCUUGUAAUUUUAUGGAUUCUUCUAAGAACCACCAGCUGCCAGUUUCAGUGUAUCCCCGAAACUCUCGAUGACUCGGAUUUUUACAUUAAUGUAACAGAGCACAUUACAGUGCAGUCUACCAACUGUAUUCGGAUCCCACAUGAAGUGAUUUUUCCUCGAGACAAAGUAACAGUCCCGUACAAGAAGAUGUUAUUUAAAGGAGAUCCAUCAAAUGUUGUUGAUACAAAAGUUGUCAAUAACAUGAAUCAUGACGCAAAGGAUAUUUUCUCAAUAACUACGCCUCCAUCUGGAGAAUACAAGUACGGCGUCAAACUUAAAUGGGGAUGUAAUCAGACGUUUGUUUUCCCUAAAAGGAUUCACAUUUCCGUUUCUGCGUUAACUACACCAAUUGUUGAUUCUCGUCCGAUGGUGGAAGGACAACGUGCCCAACUGACCUGCUCGGCUCCGAUGCCAUGCUCUGGUGAAGUGCUUUUGUUUUGGAAAUGGACAAAUGCUGAUGGACAAUCUAGAAGGAAAGACAAUUACUUUGAUGAUUCUGAUCACACGCGGUGGCAAAUGAGAUUUGGACCUCGACGUAGACAAAAUUAUAAAUAUAUAUUAGUCAAUCCAACGGCGGAUGAUCACAACACCAACAUCACAUGUACGGCAACAUAUGGUCACGAUGUUGCUGAGACAACUGUCACCUUGACUGUGAAAUUCUCACCCAGAAUCCUGAACAGCUCUCACUGCACAGUGAAAGGGGAGCUGCUGGUCUGUGUGUGCACCAGCUGGGGCAAUCCUCUGCCACCAGUCUUUUGGUCUUUGGGAACCCUCACAGAUUACUCAGUGACCAGUUUUAGUGACGCUCAGAGAGUAAGCAGCACCCUCACCAUGCCUGCAGCGAAAUAUCACAACGCCACUGUCAAAUGCAUGAGCAGAAAUGAACUUGGUGAGGCGGAAAGUCCAAUCCCGAUUCAAAACGUCACAGAGCCCGCCAGGGUGAACUCUUUUCCAGAAUCAAGCAAAGGGUGUCACUCAGCUCUGCCCUGGCUAACAGGAGUGUGUUUCGCUCUGAACCUGGUUUUUGUCGCUGUUUUCAUCUGUAUUUACCAAAGGAGCAGAAAACAGCAGAAGGAAUCGCGUGAAGAAGCAGACACCUACGCGACUUUGAGAAAAGCAGAUAUGGAGGAAGCAUACAGCACUAUUUCCCCACAAAAUAAAUGAAGUAUGCAAUUUUAGCCCUGUAAAUAACAGGAA